AUGUCAGGAGAAAGUUCGAAUACUAAAGCCCAUGGGGAAAGAAAAGUGGCUCUUAUUACCGGAAUUACGGGUCAGGAUGGUUCAUAUUUAGCAGAAUUUUUGAUUGAGAAAGGGUACGAGGUGCAUGGGAUUUUGCGACGCUCCUCCUCCUUCAACACUGGUCGUAUCCAGCACUUGUAUGAGCAGCCAGCAUGCCAUACUGGGGGUCAAAUGCACCUACAUUAUGGUGAUCUCACAGACACCACUUGCCUCAUAAGUAUUAUUUCUAAGACUCGGCCAAAGGAAAUUUACAACCUGGGUGCACAAUCGCACGUUAAAGUAUCGUUUGAGUUAAGCGAGUAUACUGCACAAGUGGACGCCUUGGGCACGCUGAGGUUGCUGGAGGCGGUCCGCGUCGCCGGUCUCGAAAAGGAGACUAAGAUCUACCAGGCAUCCACGUCGGAGCUAUACGGAAAGGUGGUGGAAGUGCCGCAAAAUGAGAAGACCCCCUUUUAUCCAAGGUCGCCUUACGCUUGCGCAAAAUUGUACGGCUACUGGAUUGUGGUGAACUACCGCGAGGCGUACGGAAUGUUCGCUUGCAAUGGCGUGUUGUUCAAUCACGAGAGUCCGCGCCGUGGCGAGAACUUUGUGACGAGGAAGAUAACUCGAGGCGUCGCAAAGAUUACCCUCGGCUUGAUGUCGUGCCUGGAGUUGGGAAAUUUGGACAGUAAACGAGACUGGGGACACGCGAAAGACUACGUUGAGGCGAUGUGGCUGAUGCUGCAACAAGAGGAGCCCGAGGACUUCGUUGUGGCAACGGGAGAAACGCAUAGCGUCCGAGAAUUCGUGGAAAAAGCGUUCGCUCAUGUCGGACGUACGCUGGAGUGGAGGGGACAAGGGGUCCACGAAACCGCACACGACGCGAAAACUGGGGAAUUACUCGUACGAGUCAACCCGAAGUACUUCCGGCCCACAGAAGUAGACCUGCUAUUAGGUGACCCGAGUAAAGCGAAGGAGAAACUCGGCUGGACACCUCGGGUGACGUUCGAACAAUUAGUCAAGGAUAUGGUGGAUGCUGAUUUGGUGCUGAUGCGAAAGAAUCCAGAGGCGUAA